GCGGAUCUUCAGUGCUCUAUAUAAACACACAGACGCCAUCGUUGUAAAUUUUCAAUGCAGAAUCGUGGAAGUAAAGCAGUUGGAUCAGUGAUGGAUUCCAAACCUCGCAGACUUCCCUUCAAGGUGUCCAGCUCGUCUUCCUACUCUCCGUCUUCCUCCUCCUCCUCCUCUUCCUCCGCCUCUUCCCUGAGGUCCAGCAGGCUGUUUGGGAGCAGCAGCAUCCCCAGCAGAGACGGCUACACCCACAGCUACACCCACGCCAAAAACCUCAAACUAGAUGCAGACUACAAGAGCUCCUGGCUUCAGCUCCCGUCUCGAGACUACACCCCGUCUGAUGUCCGUCCCUCCUGGAAGACCCCCUCCACGACGCGUGACACCCCCUGGUCUCAGAGCUCCCUGUCCAGCCGAAGCAAGCUGACGGAGUCAGAGCACAGGCUGGGGACUUACUCUGGCCUGGUGGGCUCAGCUGACGAUGGAGACACCAAGAGAGCCAAGCUGUCCUACAUGAGCAGGACGUCAGCGUACACCAGAAGCCCUUCCUCCUCUCUGAGCAGCUCCUCCUACUGCACCCCCUCCCCCCUCACCAGCACCUCAGAUUCCUCCUGGAGGACAUACCGGCCUUCAUCGCACACCUCGUCUUCCUCCUCUUCCUCGGAGGCGCUGCGCUCGUGGCGGGAGCGGGAGCAGAGGGCAGACGGAGCCCUGAAGGAGAGCAGCUACAGGAGUAGCAGCCUGGGGCUGGGCUCCUCUCUGUAUCGUCCCGACCGCCUGUCCUCCAGCUACGCCCAGGGUGCCAGACCCAAAGAGCCCCUCUACUCCUCCUCCACCACCUCCUCCUCGGCCCGUGAGGUCUCCUCCCUGAGCCGCCACCUCUCCUCGGCCUACCAGCCGUCCCCCCCGGCCCGGGACCCCCGCCCCCCUGCCCGCUCCUCCUCCUCCCUCUCCUCCUCCUCCUCCUCCUCCCUCUCCUCCUCCUCCACCCUUCGCUCCUCCCUGCAGCAGGUCAAAGAGGAGCAGCCCCCCACUCCGGCUGUCUCCUCCUCCUCCCAGACCACCUCCUUCUGGUAUUCCCCGGCCUCCAGCCCCCCUCCCCCGCCCUCCAGCCCCCCGGCCCCCCGCCCAGCCCCUGAGGGUGGCGACUCUGACGGCCGUCGUUCCACGCGCCGCCUUCUCUCCCGCCUCUUCUCCCGGCGCUCCAGCCAGGACACUGCCCCCCCUCCCCUUCCAUCAACUCCUCCCCCUGCCCCCCCACUCCUCCCCUCCUCUCCUUCUCCCGCACCCCCAUCCCUCCCCCACUCCUCCUCCACGGAUACAGCUCAGGCCUUUGCCUUCCUUCGGCGUAGCUGCCAGGGCCUCUCCCCCGCCCAGGAGAGAGAGUCCCCGCGUGGAGGAGCCAGCCAGCCCAGCCAGGAGGCCUGGGGCUCGGGCAGCCAAGGCCCCGGGGCUCCCUCCUGGCUCCGCUCGCGCUGCACUCCUCUCUUCUCCCGCCACAGGAGGGAGGGGCGUGACGAGAGCGCCCUAUUGGCCAGCAGCAGUUCGGCGGAGGAGGGCCCCCGAGGUGCCCACUAUCCAACCAGGAGACGGAAUGAGCCUGAGCCAGAAGAGGAGGAAGAUGGUGAGGGUGCCGCGGGGGUGAUGGCCGCUAGCGCCGUCCUGCAGGAGGAGUUGAGGGUGGCGGGGAGGAGUCAGAGACUGGCCAGGGUCAUGAGCAGCCCACUCACCCUGCGAGGCAUGAUGGCCAUUGACAUGAUGGGCGUGGCCAGGAGCCAACCAGAGGGCCAGGAGAAGGAGAAGCCCGCCCCUUCCAGAGAUCCAGAGAAACUGCGCAAGAUCCAGGAGAGCCUGCUGCUGGAGGACAGUGACGAGGAGGAGGGAGAUCUGUGUCGGAUCUGCCAGAUGAAGGAGGAGUCUCCGGCUAACCCCCUGAUGGUGCCCUGCCACUGCACUGGCAGUCUGCAGUUUGUCCACCAGGACUGCAUCAAGCAGUGGCUCUGCUCCAAGAUCAGCUCUGGAAGUGAUCUGGAAGCCAUCACCACCUGUGAACUGUGCAAGAAGAAGCUGCAACUCAACAUCGAGAACUUUGACAUCAACGAGCUGUACAGGACCCAUGGCAGGUCAGAGUAUGAGUUCAUCUCCUGUGGGCUGUACCUGGUGGUUCUCCUACACCUGUGUGAGCAGAGGUUCUCUGAUGUUCUGGGAGCCGCCAAUGAUGCAGGGUUUUUCAACCUGGCGAGAACCCUCCACGAACACAUGGACAAUCUGGAAAGUUCCUAUAGCGACUCGGACGAGGAAGAAACCCAUGACACCCGGCCCUCUAUCGACUUCUGUGACCUUGACGACGACCUGGAGGAUUGAUUAGGGGAGGUGUGGGAAAUGUGCUGUUUUCUAGGUGAAUGGUUGUCUUUGUUUUGUCUCUCUAAUUUCAAUGUAGCAGAUUUGUUUUUUUUGUUGCUUGGCCCUAAACAAUGGUUUUCUUUAUUUUACUUAUUGCAAUAAAGUUUUGAAUGUAUAA